ACUUUCCAUCAGUUGUUGACAAUCGUUCAACAGCCGAAGAGUACGUUCAGUGAAGUUGAUUUUCUACAAAAAAAAAAUAUUGUUAUUGUUUAUUAAACAAAGAAAAAUUAAAAUAUCAAAAAAUACAAUGUUUUGUACCAAAUUAUUUGUAGUAUUAUUCGCUCUAACUGUAACCAUUAUCAACGCAAUGCCGAAUGAGGAAAAGAUAGUAGGUGGCGUUCACCCCACUGAUUUAAAAAAAGCUGAAGAACAACUAAAUGCAUCUUUAGCUAAAUUAGCUGCUGGCGAUGGUCCUAAUUACAAACUUGGUAAAAUAUACUCGGCUGAGACACAAGUUGUUGCUGGCACCUUAACUAAAAUUGUUGCCGACCUUGUGGAUGCUGAUGGCAAAACCAAGAAAUGUAAUGUUUCCAUCUGGAGUCGUCCUUGGUUGCCCAAUGGUAUUGAGGUCACUUUUGAGUUUGAUAGUGAAGACAAAGUUGUUAAGAAACACAGUGCUUAAUUGGGGGCAACUUUUAUGGUGUGUAAAGGGAAAUUGUGAUAAAGAUUUCUUUUUAUUUAACAAACAUAAAAAAAUAAUUAAUCGGUUCUUUUUUAUAUGCAUAAUAAACUACUGAGUCAUAACAUAUACUCGAAAUAUAACUUUA